ACAUAGUUCCUAACUAUGAAGAACUGGAGCCUCCCUGCAGCAUCGGCCAUAGUCGCCGCCGCCAUCGUCUUCUUCCUCUCCGCCAUGGCCCUACCGGUGGCCGUAGCCGUCGUUGAGCACACCUUUGUUGUGAGCCAGGUGAAUAUGACGCACUUGUGCAAGGAGACUCUGGUCACCGUGGUGAACGGACAGCUCCCCGGGCCACCGAUCGAGGUCACGGAGGGAGAUUCAGUGGCCGUUCAUAUCGUCAACGAGUCACCCUACAACAUAACAAUCCACUGGCACGGAGUGAAGCAACGGCUGAACUGCUGGUCUGAUGGGGUGCCGAUGAUCACCCAGUGUCCCAUCAAACCGAACCAAAACUUUACCUACCGGUUCAAUGUUACUGGACAAGAAGGCACCUUAUGGUGGCAUGCUCACGUCCCCUGCCUGCGAGCAUCCCUGCAUGGCGCCUUGAUCAUCCGACCGAGAAACGGAGCUAGCUCGUAUCCGUUUCCUAAGCCUCACAAGGAGAUUCCCAUAAUUAUAGGGGAGUGGUGGGAGAAGGACCUUUCAGUGGUUGGCAGGAAUAUGAGGGAUGGUUCCUUGGAUGACGACCCUAGUGCAUCCACAAUUAACGGCAAGCUCGGCGAUCUCUUCAAUUGCUCCGGGGCUCCAGAAGACGGGUACGUGCUGGAAGUGGAGCCUGGCAAGACCUACAUGCUGCGAGUGAUCAACGCCGCACUGUUCUAUGAGUACUACCUCAAGAUCGCCGGGCACAAGUUCACGGUGGUUGCCGCCGACGCCAACUACGUCAACCCCUACACGACGGAUGUCAUUGCAGUCUCGCCCGGUGAGACGGUGGACGCCAUCUUGAUCGCCGACGCGCCCCCCGGAAGUUACUACAUGGUCGCCCAGCCCAUCAAGGCGCCAUUGCCAGACACUCAGACGCCGGUAUAUGUCACGAGAGGGGUGGUGCAGUACAACAGCAACCGCAGCUACGGCAAUGGCACAACAGAACAACAGAGCUCAAGCCAUGGUGCCAAUGAAGGCAUUUCAUUUGGUGACGCUCCAGUGGUGCCUGAGAUGCCAGGCAUGCACAACACCGUGGUAUCCUUCAACUUUCACGGUAACCUGACAAGCCUGCGCCACCCACGGCGUCCCAUGGUGCCAUUGAGAGUUGACGAGCACCUAUUCAUCGCACUUGGCUUGGGCAUGACCCCUUGCCGACGAGGCCAGUCUUGCAAUAGGAGAAAGGGUGAUGAGAGAAUCAUUGUGGCGACAAUGAACAACGUCUCCUUCCACCUCUCCUCAAUCAGGACGCCAAUUCUAGAAGCACACUACUACCAUACCGGCGGUCGCAAGGACGACGGCACACUGCUAGAGCUCCCAGAUAGGCCACCGAGGACAUUCAACUUCACUGACCCUGCCUUGAUCCCGGAGGGGCACAAGGAGGCGCUGCUGGAGCCAACGUCCAAGGAAACAGUAGCGCGAUGGUUCCGCCAUGGCGCCACGGUGGAGGUGGUGUUCCAGAGCACAGCUUUGCUGCAGGGCGACUCCAACCCGAUGCACCUGCAUGGGCACGACAUGUACCUCCUUGCGCAGGGGCUUGGCAACUACGAUGCAGCCAAGGACGUGGCGAGGUACAACUUGGUGAAUCCACCAAUGAAGAACACGGUGCAUGUGCCAAAUCUUGGGUGGGCUGCCGUUCGAUUUGUUGCUGACAAUCCAGGUGUGUGGUUCAUGCAUUGUCAUUAUGAGUUCCAUUUGUCGAUGGGUAUGGCAGCAGUGUUUAUUGUAGAGGAUGGGCCAACCGCUGGCAGGUCCCUCCCUCCACCGCCUAUGGACUUUGCAACAUGUGGCAAUUACGAAUCCUACCUACAAACUAAGAAAAGUGAAGUCUCACACGUAGAUGGAGUUUGAAAUAUGGUUUGGACCACUAGCUUCUAUUUCAAAAUGAUCUUAUUAAUUAUAAAUAAACAUUUGCAUUCAAAGAAAUGUGUGUACACAUAUAAAUAUACAAUAAUGUUAAUAGCUCAUAAAAAUAAUACUACGAACUUCUGAAAUUCCUCAUUACAAUUAUCAUAUGCCAGUUGGCUAGUGAGAGGCUGCACCCCCUAGCAUCAUCAUCUAUAAUGUCCAAGAAUGGAAGAGCAUCAACAACAUCAUACCCCACUGUGAUAAUGCAUGGAGCCUUCUUGCCUAGUGGCUUAGCCGAGAAAUAUGUCACGGCACAUAGGGAUGAUGCAAACCAUUGAGGCAUAGUCCACGGAGCAGACCCUGAACGCAUACUCCGUCCAAUUAUGUACCUUGAGGCCACGAAGGAUGCUAUCAAUCUCCACCAUGAUAUUGUUGCUUUGGUGGUCAAGAAGGUCCAAGGCUAUGACUGCCAAUGUUGGGAAAUCCUCCUCAUGAUGUGGGCAAAUGGGGAGAGUAAUUGCUCCUAGUGAGCAGUCCCACAUGUAAGGGAAACAAAUCCUAAGGUAUGGACCAACUUUGAAUGGUUUUAGCACAUUGUGUGCUGCCUUACAAUAGAAGGAAGAAGCCUCCAGAAACAAGAAGAGACAUGUCCACGAAAAUCAGAGU